AUGGGAAGGCCGGACCUCUACGACAUCACCGUUGGGCGAUUGCGUGGCCGCCUUCCACCUCUGAUCUCUGGACUCCGGCCUUCUCCCCGUGGGCGCGCUCUCGUACUGUAUGUAAUCGGUAACUUUAGUCCAAACCAGAAAAUGGUCUGCACCAGCUCCAGCCGUGCGUACACUGGGACACGCCGGACUAUCCCAGGAUUACCUCCAAAGCAGUUCUCGCAGUACUUUUCAUUCCGCGCUGCUCUGCCAGUCCCCAGGGGGUGGAUGUGGGGUUUUGGGGGGAUUUUCAGGAUGUCGGCCGUGAAACAGGGCCUUGGUGUGGUCCUCACUGAGCGUGCCCAGAAUGAAGCCGGCACGGCGGCGUUUUAG